GGAAAUCAGAGCGCACCAAAACCUGGCUAACCGCUGCUGUGUAGCUAUGUAGCAACUGACAGAAGAACGUCUCUCUUCUCUUGAAACAGCCGUGCUCUCACUUCCAAAAGCCGCAAAAUCGUUAACGCAAGAAGGAACUGCUGCAGUGUGAGCAAAAAAAUACGGAGAGGUUGGAACAACGAAAGCAAUGGAGCACAAAGGCAGAAAGAUGGAGUGCUCUGGGAGGUUGCGUAAGGGAAACUGCAGCCACGUAGCCUAAACUUCACUACCUGAAAGGAUCAGAGUACUUGGGAACAUGGCUCUGAGAGAGGGAGAAGCCAGCAGCAGCUCCGCCGAUGACAAGCAAGAGCAGAACUGCAGUCGUGUUAUUACAAUCGUCUUCCUGGCACUCCUCAUAGACUUGUUGGGAUUUGCUCUCAUCUUGCCACUGUUUCCUUCCAUCCUUGAUUAUUACAGCCAGACCGAGCUAUCUGUUUUACAGGAUGGAUUAUAUUUGUCAUUGCAACGUGGUGUGGACUGGUUUGCAGCAAUGGUUGGAAUGCCUCCAGAGAGGAAAUACAACAGUGUCUUGUUUGGAGGUCUGAUUGGCUCAAUGUUUUCCAUCCUUCAGUUCUUCUCCUCUCCCCUCACUGGAGCUGUGUCAGACUGCUUGGGCAGAAGGCCAGUCAUCUUGAUGACAGCGAUGGGUUUGAUAGCAUCUUAUGCACUAUGGGCUGCAUCUCGGUCUUUUGGCGUUUUUCUUCUCUCCAGGAUGGUAGGUGGAAUAAGCAAAGGGAAUGUCAGCCUCUGCACAGCUAUAAUUGCUGACUUGCACUCUCCAAAAGCACGGAGCAAGGGCAUGGCAAUGAUUGGUGUUGCUUUCUCCCUUGGUUUUACCCUGGGUCCCAUGAUUGGAGCUUAUCUAGCCAUGGAGACAGAAAAAGGAGAAGUCUUCUAUCUUCGUUCAGCAUUAUUAGCACUCACGUUUGCAGCAGCUGACUUGAUUUUCAUCUUCUUCCUGCUUCCAGAGACACUUCCCAAAGAAAAACGGGUCUCCUCUGUGACAACCGGGUUUCAGGCAGCAGCUGACCUGCUCAGUCCUAUGGCUUUAUUUCGGUUCUCUGCAGUCACCCAAGGAAAGGAGGCCCCUUCAGAUCAGAAUCUUCAGAACCUCAAAAUCUUGGGCCUGGCUUACUUCCUGUACCUCUUCCUGUUUUCCGGAUUGGAAUAUACGCUGAGUUUUCUUACUCAUCAGAGAUUCCAGUUCAGCAGUAUGCAGCAGGGCAAGAUGUUUUUCUUUAUUGGAAUAACAAUGGCUGUGAUCCAGGGAGGCUAUGCUCGCCGAAUAAAGCCAGGAAAUGAAAUCAGAGUUGUAAAAAGGGCCGUUUUGUUGUUGAUUCCAGCAUUCCUGUUAAUUGGAUGGGCUGCAAAUGUGACCCUGCUGAGCGCUGGACUGUUGCUGUACUCUUUCGCUGCUGCCAUUGUUAUCCCGUGUUUGUCUGCAGUGGUAUCAGGCUACGGUUCGGCCAGCCAAAAAGGAAGAGUGAUGGGGAUCCUGAGGAGCCUCGGGGCUCUUGCGAGGGCGCUGGGACCUGUCCUGUCAGCUACAGCAGACGAAGGAGGAGUAGGCAGAGGCAGGAAGAAACCAGAGCUAUCACCAGCUGCCAAGGAUCUCCCCACCACACAGUUCUCACCAUCUGAGUCCACUGACCAGACUGGGAGAAGAGGAUGUUCUGGAAGGCGAGGUGCAAUGACCAUGUGCAGUAACAGCGGGCUGCAGAUUUCUUGUGGCCUCCACAAGCACUUCAGUUGACCACGGCCUCCCAGCUGGCUUGGCCAGCUUUGAGAAUGGAAACAAAAAAGGGAAACAAAACACAAUGACAAUUUGACAUCAAGUGCUGAUCGCCACCACACUGCAGUCCAUAAGGAGUUCUUUGCACAUCUUUGUCAUUAGCACAAGCCCAAUGAACCCCACUGCCCAAAGCCUCCAUGAAGAGGACUCUUCUGCCUCCAGCUAGCAGAGAACAAAUGUACAGGAGCUGUCUGACAGACACUGGAUGCUGCACAGCCAGUGUGAUGAGAGCUGCACAAGUUAUCUAUCAGUGGACCUGCCUUAAAACCUGACAAUCAAAAAGAAGAGCAAGCGGCACGCUCCAGGCUUCCUGAGCCUGACCGGUACUUUGGUGUUAAAUGGACUGUUUUUACUAUACAAUUAAAUUCAGCUGUUUUAUAUUUCUA